AUGGCGCCUAAAUUUUUCGACAAGUUGUUCAAACGAGAACACAAAAGAAGCGAUUACCGUUUCAGGCCCAGGGAGUUCUGGGCAAAUGCAAUCGGGAUCUCAGAUUCUACUUGCGAAAUUCAAGGGGACCCGUUCAACGGAUGGAAACUACCGAUCCCAGCACCAGAACAAAGCGCCCUGAAGUCCCGCGCGCGGCAACAUGACGGUCAGCAAACGAGCUGGUUCUUCCGACUUCCUAUGGAGGUGAGAAGAAUGAUCUAUAUCGAGCUGAUGGGUAAUCGACGCGUACACAUCGAGCAUUCAUGGAUGUACCAGUCUGCUUUUCAGCCAAAGUCGAAACGAGGAGGUAAGCGCUGGAUUUGGUGGCACGGUGUCUGCCAAAACAGCGAUUCUUUCGUCUGUGAUACCUACGGUGACCGGUGCUGGGGUCGCGAUGAUGAGAGCUAUGCGAGCUAUACCGAGGGAUUGACGAGAGCGCCCCCUGGGACAAAGAUCCAGGGCGUUGAGUGGCUAAGCUACGAAGAAGCAUUACCAGUCCUAUAUGGAACGAAUGUUUUUGUUCCCCGGGAAGGAAUCGACUCUCCGUUUAUUAUGUCGAGACUUAUACCACCUACUUGCGCGCAACUUAUUCGAUCGGUAGAUUUCACAUUUGUGUUUUGCUGGGACUUGGACUUAACACCAGGGGCUAAAGCCUGGACAACGGUCUACCCUGCUCUCUUCGACAUUCUCGAGCAAUACUUCAGCAAAGUUCACUCGUUACGCCUGACGAUUAAAUUGCCGGCAUGGGAAAAAAUGAAGCAGACUAUGAGCGACAGCAAACUUAAUAAGAUCGUGGCACCGUGGGAGACACUCGCCAGAAAUCGAGACUGGAAAAGACUAGAAUUCUGCGUUCCGCUUGAUUGGCGCUCUGUAUUUACAAAGAGAGCAGAGACUCAGAGCAUAUGGGAGCUCACAGUGACAGAUUGGUUCGAUUGGGACGUGCGUUCUGCCGGACGUGGAUGUGGAAUGUAA